UUUCCAUCCUCAGUCCCACUAAAGUAAAUAAGUGAACCUUGGUUUAUAUGAGCUGCAGAGAUGUGUGCACCUGUGCGCAUAUAGUGUGCUGGUGAAUCUAUAGAUAUUAAGGGUUUCGCUCUCUCCCCCAGGAGAUGGGCUAGGCGUCGCCUGCCAGCGUCUUUAGCAACCUCCCUCCCUGACCUGCCCGGCGGAGAGGACGGAGGCGGAGGUGACCACCGCACAUCCGGGCGCGCCUGUAGGCGGCAGCGCGCUGCCUAAUUGAUGGAGAGCCGGACGGUCCUGCGGGUCGGCUGCGGGCGCGGUGCGAGUGUCUCGGCGUAGGAGGGCAGGGCGGCCGGCCCCUCCCACCCCGCCUUUUCUCGAGUGUCCACACCGGGGCCUGGCAGCCGGCGCCGGGCUGCGGGCGAGUGUGCGCGGCGACACCGAAGGCGGUUGGGUGUAGGAGGACCGCGGCUGACCUGUUGGCGUCAUGCGCGCCCUCCAGGGUCUGCGGGGGCCCCGGACGCCGUCCCUGCGGCUGCUCCUGCUGUGCUUCCUCGCCACGGUGCGCCGGAGCUUGGAGGACGGCCUUUCCACAGCUGCACCUUUUACAAGUCUACCUGUCCAGGAAGAAAUUAUGACGACAAAGUACUCUAAUCUUUCUUUGGAGAGUCAUAACAUAUCAGUGACUGCCGCACCUUAUACAAGUCUACCUGUCCAGGAAGAAAUGAUGACAAAGUACUCUAACCUUUCCUUGGAGAGUCAUAGCAUCUCAAUGACUGCUAUGCCUAUGAAAGAAAAUAAUAAAGGGAACCAAAUCUGUGUUGACAGAGGAAUAAUGCUUCAAAGGAAUGUUACAUUAGAAAACUCCAAUAUGCCAGUAGAAAAAAAUAUCACUUUAGAAAGACCUUCUAAUGUAGAACUCACAUGCCAAUUCACAUCUGGAGAUUUGAAUUCAGUAAAUGUGACUUGGAAAAAAGGUGAUACAUUACUUGAGGAUAAUUAUCUCGUCAAUGCAACGGGAAGUAUCCUGUAUACCCAAUAUAGGGUCGCCGUCAUUGACAGCAAACAGAUGGGAAGCUAUUCUUGUUUCUUUGGCAAGAAAAAGCAACGAAAGGGUACAUUUAAUUUGAAAGUUCCUGAAGUUAAUGGAAAAACCAAACCAUUGAUCACUUACGUGGGGGAUUCAGUUGUCUUGAUGUGUAAAUGUCAAGAUUGUCUUCCUUUAAAUUGGACCUGGUACGGUGGCAAUGGGAGUGUACAGGUUCCUAUUGGUGUUCCAGUGAAUGAUAAGCAUGUGAUCAGUAGAAAACAUGCUAAUGAAACAAGCCUGAAGAUAACGCAACUUUCAGAGGACGACCAGGGAACUUACUGGUGCCAUGCAAUAUUCGAGUUAGGGGAGAGUGAAGGACACGUUGAACUCGUCGUGCUCAGCUAUUUGGUACCCCUUAAAGCAUUUUGUGCAAUAGUUGCUGAGGUUGUUCUCUUAGUGACUAUUAUUCUGCUUUUUGAAAUGUAUACUCAAAAGAAAAAGAAGCCCUCAGAUGAUGGGAAAGAAUUUGAACAAGGUGAAGAGCUGAAAUUGGACGAUAGCAAUGGUAUAGAAAAUAGUGGCCCCAGGCACAGAAAAAAUGAAUCCGUGGGCCAGUGAGGGACAAACAUCAUGUCAAGAGUCCCAGGAAGACGUACAGAGAGUUUGCAUUUCAGCUUUAUUUCUGCUUCUUGUUAAGAACGUGUGAUUUUUUACUUUUAAAAGGAUGAAAAGUUUAUGUAAAAUGCUCAGUAGUAGCUUUGUAAAUAAUAUAUGCAAUUUCAGAUCUACAGAUAUAUUUUCAUUCUGUAUUUUACAAUAAAGCAAGGUAAAUUGUAUUAAGUAUGUGCUAUGAGCUAUAACCCAGGAUAAUUAAUUUCAUUCCAGUCCUUAAGGGACAUGCAGAACAGACACCAGCAAAACCAGAGUGAAUGAGUGAAUGUCACUCAAGACCUGUUUAUAACCAAAGAAUUCAUUAAAAACAAAGCUUUGCCAUUUGUCUUAAAAAGGUUUUUUCCCCAAUCAUGUUUACUAGGUGUAGAAGUAUUUGUAAUAAUUUCAUGUAAAGUUCAUUCUUCAGUCAUAUUGAAAAGAAGUGUCAUCAAGGGGAAAUUAGCACUUUCUACCUUUGUUAAUGAUGGUUACUGUGCAGUCACCACAAGGAAAACAUACUUUUCCUAUGAAAACAUUGGUUGAAGGCAAAGAAAUAAAACCGUACACUUGCCCCGAUUCUCCAUCACCACAGAAGCAAAUUUCUCAGUCUCAUUCCACUCAUCUCCACUGUUUCCCCACAUUAAGCUAAAGUGAUUCUUAGACUUCCUAGAGAGCAUUUAUUUUAAGCUGUGGGUUUUGGAUUUCUUCAGUUACAGCUGUUGUUGAUGUAGGAUUAAGGUUCACAUAGACAUGAUGUCUCACUGCUAUAGGCAUGCUUCUGUGUUUCAUGGUGUUAUCCAUGGCUGGCUAAAUAUCUCAAAAAGCAUCAUUAGUGGAUUAUAAUACUAAUGCCUUUGUCUGAAAUCAAGAAGUAUUAAAGUUAUUCUAUGUUGUUGCCAGUGCCUUAGGCUUUCUAUUGUGUGUAUAACUAAACUAUCUUAUAAAACUCAUUGUAAGCAAGUCGAAUGAAAUCUGAAUAGACAUGAAAAGUUGUCAGUGGCUUUGAAUGGAAUAUUGGUAUCAUGCAGCAGGAUACUAGGUUAGGUUGAAGACAAUAUGUGAAGCCUGCUGAGGGGUCCUUGGUGCUUAUGAGUCCACUGUCCCCCAGCUCACAGUGCAGCAGGGAUCAGAACAAUUACAGGCAAAGAGGGACGGUUUGGGAUGGUGGUGAAGAAUCCACAGUCUUGGUGACCUAGGGGAUUAAUGCUUGAAAAAGAGAAGUUCAAUUAUUUGAAAAAAAAUGCUUUAUAGAAAUUUGUAUGAUAUUCUGGGUGAAAAAUUAUAAUAAAAUUGAGAUAGUGAAAAAGUA